CCGAGAGGCGGGUGCCUGCCGGGAAAAGGCGCGGCCCGGCGCGCCGGGAAUCGAAAGCGAAAGCGGCGGGGAGCGGAGCCGUCGGUGCGGCGAUGGCGGGGCAGCGGCCGGGCGCCUUCCCGCUGCUGGUGCGCGGGGACUGGGGCUCCGCCGAGCCGCCGCCCGCCCUGAGGAAGAAGCUGCUCUGCUACUUCCAGAGCCAGAAGCGCUCGGGAGGCGGCGAGUGCGAGCUGCGGGCCGGCACCGACGCCGACACCGGGACCGGCCACCUCCUCGUCUGCUUCGCCAGCCCCGAGGUGAAGCAACGAGUUCUUCAGAAACAGCCUCAUGAGUUGCAUUUGGAAGGAAAAGGCAUAGUGAAGUUGACUGUCACAGAGCCAGAAAGCACACUAGCUACUGAGGAGGAGACACCUGAAGAAAAACUAGCUCCCACAAAGGCUCUGGAUGCCAUGAGCAAGCUUCAAACAAAAGAGAGUUUUGCUCCAAGUGGUGAACUCGAGGAAGACGCUGGCUGUGCAGAGACCUCACCUUCAGUGGUGUUUGAAAACUUAGAAAAAUGCAGUCCAAACUGCUUACGUUUGCUGUUGGAGAACAUCAGCGGCCUGACUGUAGAUGAGGACUUCACUGUGGAAGUGAUACCUGAAAUAAAUGUUGCUGUAGCUACCUUUAUAAAAAGUAUUGAUACUGAAGAAUUUGUGAAAAAAUGUUUACAGCACAAGAGAGUCAGAGAAUUCAAAAUGACUGCCAGGGUUCUUGAACUGACACGGAGCAUCAAGGCCGAAAACCUGCCGGACAGCCUUUCCCCAGAUUACCUCACAGUUUACUUUGAGAGUGUGCGGAAUGGAGGGGGGCCUGUGUCAGAUGUCCAGCACUUCCCUGAGGAGAACUCGGCCAUCAUUGCUUUCUGUGAUCCCAAAGAUGUAAACACGGUCUUGGAAAAGCAGCAUUUGCUGGAACAGACGCUGAUUUCUGUGCAUCCCUAUUACCAGUCCCUGGGAACAGCUCUCUAUGGAGGAGAAAGACCAACUAUCAGGAUGCCAGACCCCGUUGGGGUGCCACUAGACCCGUAUGUCUGGCAGUUUUUACAAAGGCACGAUAACCUGAUCCGAGGCAUAAACCAGGAAAUGGCAGUUUGCCAUUGUGAGCUCAAGUGGCCCCAGGCAGACCAUGCAAACCCCAAAGUCACAUUGUGCCCAUCAUCAUCUCUCUCCGAGCAGAACAAGACAAUGAUUAAGCUGAUCAAGACGUGGAAGCAAGAUGCUUCUACUGAGUUCUCACGUAUCAUGGCACGUUACACAGCUAUAAAAUGUAAAGUAAACUCAGCAGAUUGGGGAGAUGUGAGAAACAGGUUGUUGGAAGAUGUUUCUAUGAUGGUAACUGAUGUUUCUGAGGACGUGGUGGUGAUGGCAGGCAGCAGAGCAGCAGUGGAGAGGGCAGAGAAGGAAGUGAGGGAAUGCAUGGAAAAGGCCAUGAAGCAAAGUGAAAGGGAAAAACAAAGCAUAGAAAUUUCUGUGCCAGUGACCCCAGGGAAGUAUGCUGUGCUGCACAAUGCUGGGUUAGAAGAGAAUAUUCACAAGGAAUAUCCGUGCCUCAAGAUCUUUUAUGAUGACAGAAAAAAGGCUGUUCAGUUGUGUGGAUUGCCUGCGGAAGUCUAUAAAAUCAAAGCUGACUUACUGGAAAAGGUGUUGAGUAUGCCUUGUGCAUCAGUGUCCAUUGAACCCCUUGUUUUCCACUAUCUACAGGGUUUAGAUAAUAAAAAGACAUCAGAUACGUUAUUCCUUCAGAAAAAAAUUAAUAGCUUUUAUGAACUUGAGGAGGAUACUGUGCUGCUGUACGGAGAUACUCGCAGAGAUCUUUUAGAAGCAGAAAAGCAAAUAAAAACCGGCUUAGAAUCCAAGUGCAUCAAUGUGGAGGACGGUGAGGUCAUUAAAAAAGAGCAGUGGAAGAAACUUCUUGUCUCCUUGCACAAGACAUACAGUUCUUCCCAGGAAAUGGUAAUCACUGAGCAGUCUGUUGGAAAACAAAAUAAAGUGAUGAUUGCUGGCUUUUCUAAGGCUGUCAGAGAGGUUUAUCAGAAGCUUAAUGAUUUUAUAGAUAAAAACACGCUUGUGGAAGAAACAAUCCCAGCAAAUUCAGUGGUGGUAGAGUUCAUAGAGAAGGAGAAAUCUGAUUCUUAUUGUGACUUGAGGAAGAAAGGUGUGACAGUACGUUAUGACAUCAAGACACCAUGUAUUUCCCUGAGGGGACCAAGAGCAGAAGUGCCAGAAGCAGUAAAGAUGUUUGAAAACCUUGUCUCAUCCCUUUACUCAAAAAAUGUGCUAAUUGAUAAGCCAGGAGCCAAAGAGUUCUUCAUUGAGAGAAAAGAUUCAUGUGUUUUUGAGGCAAAGCAGAAAUUUAGCUGUUUCAUUAGGAUCAAGGAAGAAGAAGAAAAACAACAACAAUGGGAGGGUGAUAAAGCGAAAAGAAAGCUCUACUACAAAACAAGACUGCCACAUGGCAUUGUAGUAGCAGUGUAUAAAGGUGACUUGAGUGAUUAUCCUGUUGAUGUUGUGGUGAAUGCAUCUAAUGAAGACCUAAAGCACAUUGGUGGCCUUGCUGAGGCACUGUCAAGAGCUGCUGGUCCAGCACUGCAAGAAGAGUGCGAUGAGCGGGUGAGGAUGAUCGGGCGUUUCCAGCCCGGGAGCGCAGUUCUCACAGGCGCUGGGAAUCUCCCCUGCAAGAAUGUCAUUCAUGCUGUUGGGCCCAGGUGGAGGAAGGAGGACCCAGAAAAGUGUAUAUGGUUGUUAAAAAAGGCAGUGAAGAAAAGUCUAGAACUAGCUGAAACAUACAAUUGUUGUUCCAUAGCUCUGCCUGCUAUAAGCGGAGGCAUUUUUGGCUUUCCACUGCAGACAUGUGCAGAAUCAAUUGCAUCCGCCAUCAAGGAGACCUUGGAAGGAUCCAUGGGGGACAGCAGCUUGAAGGAGGUUCACCUUGUGGAUAAUGCAGAAGGAACCAUUCAGGUUCUAAGUGAGACAGUAAAAGAAGUGUUUUCAGGUAAAUCAUCUUCCCCAAAACCACAUGUGGAAAGCUAUAAGCUGAGAAAAAGGCAGAAGGAGAAGACAAAAGAGGAUGUGAAGAUGGUUACAACCAAUGAAGGACUUUGCAUCCAUGUAGAGGAGAAAAACGUUCAGGAAGCCACGACGGAUGUUGUUGUCAACAGCGUUGGCCCAGAUCUGCAGUUUGGUGUGGGGCCUCUUUGCAAAGCCUUGCUGGAAAGAGCUGGACCAGCACUCCAAGUAGAGUUUGACAAAGAAAAACAAAGUCAGGCUUCUGGUCCAGGGAGUGUGGUCUGCACCAGCGGACAUGCUCUGGCCUGCAGCUCCGUGUUUCAUGCCAUACUACCCGGGUGGAAUGGAGGACAGACAGAGAAGGUCCUAGAAGAUGUAAUCAAUUUCUGCUUGAAGAAAGCUGAGAAACUUAAACUGAAAUCAAUCUCUUUCCCAGCUAUUGGGACUGGUGGAUUUGGAUUUCCUAAAAGCCUUGUUUCUAAGUUAAUGUUUGAUGUGGUGUUUGAGUUCAGUCGAAGUCACACUGUGAAGAAUCUCCAGGAAGUUCAUUUUCUCUUGCAUCCAAAAGACAUUGAUAGCAUUCAGGCUUUUAACACUGAACUAGAACAUAGGAUAGCUGCAAGUGGCAGUGCUGCAGCACCACAGCCAAGUUUCACUAGCCCUGUUUCUACUGAAGUAUUGGGAGUUUAUGAAAUGAAGAUUGGUUCCAUCGCACUCCAAGUACUUAGUGGAGAUAUUACCAAGGAAGAUACAGAGGUUAUUGUGAACAUAGCAAAUUCGUCAUUUGAUGCCAGAACAGGGGUCUUCAAAGCCAUUAUGGAUGCUGCUGGUUGCCAGGUGGUAGACGAAUGUGCUCAAUAUGCUGGGCAGCAUCAAAGUGGCUUUAUUACCACACAGGGUGGAAAUCUGUUAUGCAGUAAAAUCAUUCACUUGAUUUCCAAUAACGACGUGAAGGGUCAGGUCUCCAAAGUGCUUAAGGAGUGUGAGCAAAAGAUGUACAACUCUGUUGCCUUCCCAGCUAUUGGAACAGGUCGAGCAGGACAGAGUCCAGCAAAGGUGGCUGAUGAAAUGUUGGAUGCCAUAGUGGAGUUUGCAAGCGAAAAAUCAGUACAGCAUUUGCAGACAAUUAAAAUCGUCAUCUUCCAGACAAAUAUGCUGAAGGACUUUUAUGAAAGCAUGAAGAAAAGAGAAGAUGUGGAUUCAUCCACAGCAGAGUCCUGGUCUUCUAUAGUUAAAUCCUUCCUUUGGGGCAAUAAGCAAUCUACCGAGAAGAAAAAGCCCGUGAUUUUGGAGAAGAAAGUCAAUUUAGUCACGUUUCAAAUUUGUGGAGAAAGCCAAGAAAAUGUGGAUGCAGCUGAGUCCUGGAUAAAGGAUUUAAUUUUAAAGGAACAGAGUGAAACAACUAUUUCAAAUGAGCUAAUUGAAAGUUUUGAUGAGAGGCAAAUUGCUGCUUUGGCAGAGCUCCAGAGAAGGAAGCAUGUCACCAUUCAGCUUGACAAUAAACUUUCUCCCCCAGAAAUUACUAUUUCUGGUAUUAGCAGGGAUGUCUGUUUUGUUUUGGUAGAAGUUCAACAAAUGAUCCAAAAAAUGAAGGAUGCUGAAGAAGAACAAUUCAAGGCAGACCUUCUUUCUAAGCUGGUAGAAUGGAGGUAUCUAGGAAGCAAUGAUACCUUUGUUGCUUUCGAUAAAUGGACAAAUAUGCAGCUGGAGGAUGCCAAACGAGCUAAAAAACCAUAUCUUAAUGUCAAAAUUAACAAGAAGAACUACAAGGUGGAUCUGAAUACUCUACAGGCUUGUGAUAACCAAGGAAAAACUAUAAACAUUCAGCGUGUGUCAAGGAAUGAAGAGCUCCCUAAGGAGUGGGAAGACAUGCAAGAUGAAGACGUCAGAGUGGUAAAUCUCAAUCCAUCGCAUCCGAAUUAUAAAGCAGUUGAGAAGAGGUUUAGGACAACCUGUGCCAACUUUACCAUAGAGAAGAUUGAAAGAGUACAAAAUCCCUCCCUCUGGCAGCCAUACCAAUUAAGAAAAAAAUCUCUCUGUAAAAAGAACAAAAGGGAAAAUAAUGAGAAGUUUCUAUUUCAUGGGACAACUGCAUCCUCGCUGAGCAAGAUCAACCACUGUGGAUUUAAUCGCGGGUUUGCUGGAAAGAAUGCUGCAGCCUUUGGAAAUGGAACCUACUUUGCUGCUAAUGCGAGUUAUUCUGCUCAGGAUCGGUAUUCCGUUCCGGAUUCGAAUGGCAAAAAACACAUGUACUUGGCUCGGGUCCUCACUGGGCAGUACUGUGCUGGGACUGCUGGACUAGUCACUCCACCACCAAAGAACCCAGCCGACCCUACUGACCUGUAUGACAGCGUGGUUGAUAAUGUGUCUAAUCCAACAAUAUUUGUCGUUUUUAAUGACAUUCAGGCAUAUCCGGAAUACCUUAUUACUUUCAAACAAUAGAAAACCUUAAUAGUCUGGAAAAUUUUAGUGCCUUUUUACAUAUGGGAAUUAACAUGGCAAUUCUUUAGUCUUAUGUUCAGGUUUCUUUAGGUAGUUAUUGAUCUAUCCAUGUGUUUAAAUGUCUUCAACAGGAGGAUCAACAUAAGCCAGUAUUUUAGGACAUGCUAUUUCAAUGCUCACAUUUCAAAUUCAGUUAUGUAGAGAUGUAGGCAAGAGCUGUGAGAACAGCUCCAACCUCUUCCUAUGCCCGGCAGAGGGCAAUGACAGGAGAGUGAACUGCUCUGCCUUACCUAUGGCCAGGAGUAAGUGUCGUAGGGUAGGUCAGUGUACCUACCUUGUUCCAGUAUUCACCAUAAAGUACCAAGUGCUUGGCUCCCUGUGAGGAUUUGUUCAAAAUGCUCCAUGCUGAGAGAUUCUUAAAGGUCUUUUGCAUCCUCAACAGUGCUGUGAUUCUAUGAUUUUAAUAACCUCACUCACCAGCAGAGUUUUCAGUCAUUCUCAGGAAUCCACUCACCCUUGAUGGUGCUAAAAGUCUGGAAGAAAAAAAAUUUCCAAUAUUUAACAUUCACUUUGCACUCAUUGUUUCACCCCCCCCCCCCGCCCUUACCCUGAUAUGGCAUACUUCAUUAUUCCCUAGGUAUAAAUUACUGGACGUUGAUAUUUAUACCAUAAUCAACAGGUAUUCAUACGUGUUUCUUAGGGGAAUUCUCCAUGGUACCCUGCAUUACCUACAUUGAGCUUCCAUAUACAAAAUCACUGCCUCUGCAAUUUUUAAGACUGUAAACAGGGACUUUUAAUUUAAUCUUAUCAGUGCUGAAACAUUAACCCUUCUGUAGAUCUAUUCCCCAAUUUGCAGGGAGUCAAUUAGAGGGGCAUAACUCAUCAUGUUUAAACAACUUGAAAUUUUUUUAAGUCCUCUAAAACAAGUAACUAAUGACAUUUGUACAUCUUUGCAUGCUGUGCAGUUAAUCAGGUGAUACUCUUAAAACUGCCAAUCAAAACCUGUAUGCAUGAGUUUUAAUAAAAGUGAUUUCA